AUGAUCAUGUCUCAUACAAACAAUGGGAAGCCUCAUUUAGAAGGUUGGCUUGACAAACAAGGUGAGAAAGGAUUGUAUAGAUCAUGGAAGACUAGAUACUUCAAACUGGCUGGAAAUCUUUAUGAGUUGCACUACUAUGAGCAGGCACCUGCUGAUCGAUCUCAUUCAUUGUCCAAGGUGGUCACACAGUACUCAUUGGGAUUCAUUGACUUGCGACAGGUCGAGGGCACCAAGAUCACAGACGCUGCCACCUUCACAUUCUCAAUCGAUAUACCAAACCGAUCGUACAUACUCAAGGCCAAGAGUGAGUCGGACAUGCAGUACUGGAUACAGGGCGUGGACAAUGUGCUCAACUAUCACCGCACACUCAGUGAUCAAAUGGCCAACAACAGCAACACGACUUUAUUGUUGGAGAGCACCAUCCAGAUCAAGGAUCAGGAGUUGAACAAGUUGAAUGAGACCGUGGAGGCACAGCGCAAGCAGAUCAAUCAGAUGACCAUUCGUCAGCAAAAGGAUGAGUUUGACCUGCAGUCACUCAAUGAGAAGUUGGACCUGUCACGCAAGGAGCUAGAGUUGGCAAGGCGCGAAGCACUGGUCGCGAAUGGACAAGGACUGGAGCGAUUGGCUGCAGAGAUCAGUGAGCUGCGGAACAGGGAGCAGGCAACAAUCACAGAGAAGGAUGCGGUGAUCAGACAGCUGGAGCAGGACUUGCUGAGCAAGGUUGGCGAGUUGGGUGACAAGGCAAGGGAGGCAGAGAGUUUGUUGAUGGAGCAGCAAAACAGCAAGGACAGGGAAUCACAACUCAACGCGAGAUUGUCAGAGAGCCAACAAGAGUUGGAUACUCUGAGACAACAGUCAUCUAUGAUCAAGAAGGAGGCCGAGGACAAGGAGGGAAGAUUGAUCAAGGAUUUGGAGGAGCGAGAUGUUGAGAUCCAGAAGCUUAGAGAUGAUAUGUUGAAGAAGACCAAUGAGAUUCGUUCUCGUGUCCAGGAGAAGGAUGCCGCGUUGGAUCAGGCACAACUUGAAGUUGCCACAUACAAGAGCAUGGUCAAGGAGUUGGAGGACAAGGCCAGUUCACUCCACAAGGAAAUUGGCAAUUUAAUGGUUGUGAUGAAGGAGACUUGUUCCCAAUCUGAGGAUACAGUCAGCCAGUUGAGCGCACAACUCACAAACAAACAUGAACAGUUGGAAAACAUGGAGAAGGAAGCACAUCAGAAAGAUACAGAGAUGCAGCAGUUUCAACAAACAAUCGAGUCACUCAAGAAAUCAUUGGAUGAGGAGAGAUCCAAGUUGGACAUGCACUCUGGUUCACUUCAACAGAUCGAUCAGGAAAAGACAAAGGAGAUUGCUAGAUUGCAAGAGAACAGUGACAACCAGAUCAAGGAGUUGGAGGCAGAGACAACCAGAAUGAGGGAGGCUCUCAGACAGAAUGAGUUGGAGAUCACUGGACUGAGGAAGGAUCAAGUGGAUAUUAACAUCUUGAAGCAACAACUUGAGGAGAGUGGUGAGAGGAUUGAAUCAUUGAAUGGAGAGGUACAGAGCAAAGAGACAUCAUUCAGAGAGAGAAUCCAGGAGUUGACCAGGAUCAACGAGGAGCAAAAGGCAACAAUCGAUCAGCUAGAGCAUGCGAACGAGACAACCAACUCACAAUCAAACAAAGAGACAAUGGUGCUGCGAGCCGAGAUUGACGUGCUGAAGGGCGAGAUCUCAUCACUCAACACAAUCAACGAGAGCAGGACAAGCGAACUGGAAGGACUCAGAAGUAUUAUAUCAGAAAAGGACAUGGAGCUUACAAAGUUGAGUACAUUGGUGGAGGAGCACAACAAGGAUGGUGGAGCACAUGGUAUUGAGAUCGAAGGUUUAAAGGCAACAAUAGAAAGAAUGGAAAAGGAGAGAGAGGAGCAGUUUGGAAAGAUGAUCAAGGAGCACGAGCAGACACUCGUCCAGAAAGAGGAAGAGUUGGCAAAGUUGAGAGCCGAAAGUAAUGCAAACUCACUAAUAUUGGAGAGGAUGAAGGAUGAGACAAAGGACAAGGAGACACUUCAGGUAGCAAGUGAUCAGUUGAGUGCAGAGGUGGACAGUCUAAGGAUACAAUGUCGAGCGCUUGAACAUCAAUGCUCAGAGAUUGAGAGCAUCAAGGAACAGUUGUCCACAAUGACCCAGUCGAAAGAGACGUUGGAUAUCAAGUUGGACACAGUCCAGCAACAAGUAUCAUCGUUGAAUGAAGAGUUGGCAAAAUCAAGGAUCACCUCACAACAACUAGAAACAAGCAACGCCCAACUCAAGGAUGAUAAGGACCGUUUACAGGCAGAGAACAACAACCUGGUAUCAUCCAAGAGUGAUGUAGAUAGUGAAGCUGUAGAUGCGAUGGCCGAGAGAAUAGAGUCUUUGAAUCAACAACUCAAGAAUGUACAGGAUAAUUAUGAGGUGCUACAAAGCGAGAGAGACACAAUGGAGAAGACAUGUCGAGAUCAUUUGGCCAAUAUCAACACUGUCACGCAACAAACAGAAGAGCAGGUACACAAGAUCAAGAAGUUGGAGAGUGACAACCAAACAUUGUUACAAACAAACGAGGCACUUGGAAAGCAGUGCAACACUCUUUUAGAUCGUAUCAAACAGUUGGAGAGCACCGAAAUCAGUGCGACGGACAUUGAUCGUCUAAAAGAAUUGCACUUCUUGACUGUCGCAAAGAGCAUCAAGCUGCAGGUUGCAACGCUGGGCUGGGAGUUCAAGGGUAACGUCUACGAGAUGUACGAAGAGUUCAAGCGCCUUCCAAAGAUGCGCUUCGAGGAGUGGCCAAUUUGGAUCGCCAAGCAACUUGAAUCCAAUAAAGUUCCAAUGUGA